AUGUACAUCGUCUAUGGAUGCAGAUGCAAACCAAAUGGUGUUGCGAACCACAAGUGGAAGAUAUUUCUUGGUGACACAACAGAGUGGACUAUACUCCAUACGGUCAGCUCGUUAGUGGGCUGCAUGUGGACUUGUCAUACAUCGGGAGUACGUGCUCAACCACCCGGCAUCCGAUGUCAUAAACUUGCUCCUCUCGUGUGCGCCUCACGACUCGAAAGUUUGCCACUCUUUUCAUGCGCUCAUCAAGCAAUGGAAGUCAUGGGUCACGCGGAGGAGAGCGAGCUCUCGAGCAAGCGGUGGGCCAGUGCGCCCCGCCGCUCGGACAGCCCCUGCAUCCUGGGGACUCCAACGUCAAGGGAGGCGGCGGGACCGCCGGUACAACUUGAGCCUGUGGAUCUGUCCGUGAAAACUCCCGUCGUGUUGCAGGUGCCAAGGUACAGUCCAGCAGCAUUAAUUACCAAGAGAGUUACAUCGCCAUCGACGACGCCCACACCACCAUCACCAUUAUGCAUCUCCACCGUAUCUUCAGCUCUGCCAUUGGCAGAUAUCGUUCGCGAACGAGAUCAAGAUCGAGAAAGGGAGCGAGAUCGAGAGCGAGAUAGAGAUCAAACGCGAAACGAGAGAGAGCGAGAGUGCGAGAGAGACAGGCAACAUGACAGAGAUCGAACUGCACGAGUGAGAGACUCGCGGGAUCGGGAGAAAGAACGAGAGAGACGCGAAAGGGAGAGAGAAAGGGAGGUAUCAGUUUUCGUCAUGGAACCACCUGAUCCUGUAUUUGUCUCAUCGUCAGCGGCACUUCUUGCAUUGCAAAGGAUAAAGGAAGCUUCUGAUGUUUUUCAUAAACGACCCGCUGGAAUUGUUUGUAAUCAAGGCCUUGGUGGAAGGGGUAAUGGCGGUGUUGGUGGUAAUGGAGCCAGUUUGGGUGUUGACAGUGAAUGUGGAGAUGCGUUAAAACGACGCAAAGUGCACAGAUGUGACGUUGCAGGAUGUGACAAAGUUUACACAAAAAGUUCACAUCUCAAGGCUCACAAAAGAACUCAUACUGGCGAAAAGCCGUAUCAGUGCACGUGGGAAGGAUGUACGUGGAAAUUUGCUCGCUCGGACGAGCUAACGCGGCAUUAUCGCAAGCACACUGGACAGAAACCGUUCAAGUGCCAUCUUUGCCAACGAUCUUUUUCGCGUAGCGAUCAUUUGUCCCUUCACAUGAAGAGGCAUUGAUGAUGGUUUAUUCGACUAGUAGCAGUCUACUGAUUCAACAUGCGCCGACGCUGAUGAAUACAUUCGGGACCUGAUGAAAAAUCUCCUCUCACUGACCAGAAAGAAAUUUUUUUUUUUUUUUCCCCACAACUGCAAAUACUCUGGUUCAUCUAUUUUUUUGGGAGGAGAGAAUCUAGCAAAAGAAAAUAAUAAUAAAAACGUUCACUAGGUUUAGAGUUUAUUAUAAUAUGCAAGAAAAAAAAAAGAAGAGAGUUAUUAAUUUUGAUUGUUGUGAGGAUUGCGCGAACCCUUAGUAAGAAAAAAAAAAAAGAAAAAACUGUUUCUAAUGCUGCGAGAGGACCUUCGAUCACGUUUUCACUGAAUAAAUAUUAGAAGAAGAAAAUUGGUUCCUCAGUGGUGUCGCGAGGAAAAUCGAGAUCACAAAUACAGAAAAAAAUUCGAAAUACAAAUAUUGAAUUCAAAAUCCUUAUUAUUAUCAUUCCAUCAAAGAAUUGUUUUUAUUCUGAAAAUUUCAAUUUUUCUAAACAUCAAUUUAAUUCUCUAAUUUUGAAAAUAUUAAAAAAUUAAUAAUUUGUAACUAAGAAAUUUUUUUUGUUUUUUGAUUUAAAAAAAUUACGUCUGUGAUAAGGCUACCUCCUCAAAAAAAAAAUAUAUAUAUAUAUAGCAUAUACCCACUGGGAAAUCGAUUCUCUCUUACAGAAAUCAUUAAUCAACAACUUUCUAUCUAUACUUAUCAAAAUAUGUGCACAUAAAUUGAUUGAUGAUUAUCUGCUAUAUAUUUUAAAAUGUAUAUAAAUAUUUUUCACAAUAUCGGCCGUCUAAUGAAAAAAAAAAAAAAAUAUCGAAGGUCGCGAAGCGUUCUCGAAGUGCCUUUCGAAAAUUGUGCGUCCCCCUUUCCCCCCCCCCUUAAAAAAAGCUUAACUUUCAAAUCGUAGCGAACAAUUUGGUUGUUGUCGACGAUGUAAAAAAAAAAAAUUAGCUGUGAUGCAUUUUCUAAAUUUAGCUAUUAAUAUUUAUAAAAAAAAAAAAUAAAUUUUAAGGGAGAAUGAAAAUUUGUUAACUAAUUACUAUUUCUGAUCGCUCGUCUCAACUAAAAAGUUCGUUAGAUAACUUUUUUUUUUUUUUUAAAUAUUCAUAAAGCGUCCAAGACUCAUCUAGAAAAUUUGUGAUCUGCUCUAAUAUAAAUGAGCAGAACUUGCUGCGGGUUCAGCAUGAUUCAAUUUUUUUUUUUUUUUUUUUUUGAAGGAGCAUUAUUAUUAUAAUUUCUGUUUUCUAGCCAAUUUUUUUAAUUUGUUGAAAUUCCAAUUUAUUUAAUAUUUUUUAAAUAAGGCCAGCUCAACUAGUCUAGAGCACAUUAUUAUUAUAAUUAUAAAUAUAUAUAUAUAUAUUGUGAAAAAAAUAGAGCCAGUACAGUAAAUUUUAAAGGUAGAUUUUAAUGGGUAUAAUUAUUAUUAUUAUAAGUGAUAAAAUGAUAAAUAGAACUCCGAAUAACGGAGCUUGGGACUUAGCAUGCUCAGUUAAAUAAAAAAAAAUCGUGAUGGUCAAACAUUUUCAAAUAAUCUUUGAUAGCAUAAAGAAGAAAAAAAAAAAUAUUCAAAGUGCACAAAGAAUUUUGCGUUUUGAAAAAAAGGACAAUCAUUGAUGAUCCGCAUUGAUGAAAUUAGAUAUUCUAAAAAAAAAUUCAGUAUUAUACAAAUGUUACAUUAUAAAAUAAUGUACAUUUAAAAAAUUCUUUCCUUUUUUUUUGUGUGUGGCGAUAAAAAUAUGUUUUCCUCUUUUUUCUCCUUUCUUUUAUAAUAAUAAUUUUUUAAAAAAAAAUUAGGAAAAUUUCUAUAUAGGACUUUAUUGAUGCCAGUUUAUUGAAGAAUCUAUCAUACUAUUAUAUACGUCUUAUAUCGUUUCUAAUAUAUAUAUAUAGCCUAAAAAGGUGCCAAAGUCGAAGGUGCAAUCACAAAAAAAAAUGUUCAUUGUAUUUUCUCUCUAAAUCUUAAUAAAAUUAAUCAUUUUUUCAAAAAAAAUUAGAUUUAUAAGAAAAAGAACAUAAAAAUUAGAAAAAAAUUUUUUGAAUAUUAAAUUAUUAUCAAUAAUAUUAAUUUUUUAUUAAAUUAUAAAUUUAUUAUUACUAAAUAAAAAAAUUAUUUUAUCGAUUCUCGACGAUUUAGAGAAAUAAUUUACAAAGCAAAAUAUUGUCUUUGCACCUUUUUUGCUGAUUAGGGAAAAAAAAAAAUUUAGAUAUAUAUUACCUAUGGACUCAAUUUUAUCAGAAAUUUUUCGAAAAUUAAGAAAACUAUAUAGCUUUACUAUUAUUUUUUUUUGGGGGGGUUUUUUGUUUUAGCGCUAAACAUACUGCACAUAUGUAAAUAUAACAAACAAGUAUGUUAUGUACAAAAGCUUACUAUUUUUAAUUUAAAAAAAAAAUAAAAAAAAAAAAUUGUUCCACCAAAAUGGUUUAAAGGAAAAUCAACAAAUUAAUAUAUUUUUCAUGUAUAUUUAUUUGUAAAUCAGAGUUUUUAUUUUAUUAGAUUAAUGACGAUAUAAUAAUUAUGAGCAGAACAAUCGCUUAUUAUUUUAAACCGUUUUUUUAAAAAUAUAUUUACCGAAUUGAUUUUAAAAAUUAAAAUAAUGAAUUAAUUAAUUCAUAAAAUAAAAUUCAAAUAUAAUUUUCGACUAAAUUCCUACUAUAGAUUGAAAUGAAUUUUUAAAAUAAAUUUUAAAACAAAUUGCGCUGUUAAAUUUUGAAGACUAGUUAAUUAAUUUAAAAUAAAUUUAAUAUUAAUUAAAGAAUAAAUAAUAAUUUAAAAAAAAAAACUUGACAAAAAAUAAUUUUAGAUAAUAAUUUCCAAUACUAAAAUUGCAUAUAAGCUAACUUAUUCACUGUGCUGUGAACGAUUCUUCGAACGAGCAAUUGUGAAAAGAAUUUAAAAAAUUCAUAGUAAAGAUUUUUUUUUUACUUUUAAGUUAUUAUUUAAAAAAAAAAAUUGUCAUGAAAUGCCAGUUUGUACCAGAGCCAGUUUUAUCAUUAUAUUUCAUAUAUAUGUGUAUAAAUUAAACUCGAAAAAUGCGGUAAAAUAUUAUAAUUACGUGUAGUGCCUUCUAAUUUUAAGAUGAAAAAAAAAAAAAAAAUGGGCGUUAUGUUAGAUUUUAAGUCUGUUGCUAGUGCCUUAAGAAUUUAUAAAAUCAUCAAGUUGGCCACACUUUUUUUUUUUUUCUUAAAUUAUUUUCAGAAAUAUAGAAAUUUUUUUUGUUUUUGAUUUUCAAUAUUUUUGAAAUUUAAAACAAAAAUGCUUAGCAAAUUUUUGAGAAUUAAAAAAUCCAAUUGGAAAAUGCUUGUUUUGGACAAAUAGAGAAAAUAAAAUAAUUUUACAAAAACUUUUUUCAACAUUUUUUUUUUCCAAAACUAUAUCUAUAAAGAAAUAAUUUGGUUUUUGAUGAAAAAAAAAAGAAAAUAUAUAAAAAUAAUUUUUCGUAAGGGUUGUUAGUCAAAAAUUAAAUUUUGUUAAAAUUUUACUAAACUGUUACUUUUUAUCAUAAUAUUUUAUGAAACGGUGAAUAAACAAAAUUAAUAAUAAAUUAAUAAUAUUGAAAAUUCUAGUGUAAAAUAUAAAAAAAUUUCUUUAAGAAAAAAUAUUGCAAAAAUUAAAUUUCCGAUUUUUUAUUUAAAAAAAUAUUUUUUUUUAUUUACGAGUUUUACGAGUUUGGAAAAAAGUAUAAUGACAAUUUUGUUAACUUGUUUUUUUUUAUUAAAAAAGAAAUUUCAUUUUUAAAAACGUAUAGAAAUACGAAAAAAGGAGCGUCAUGCUUUAUAAAAAAAAAAAAUAUAUAAUUUUUUUUUUUUUUUUUUUGAAAGGCUCCACCCAGAAAAAUUAGCAUUUCAAGUGCCUUAAGAGACUUUAAUAAAAAAAAAAUGGCGACGAGAUUGAUGCAAAACCAAUAGAAAAUAAAGAUGACAAAAAAUGCAAUUUUUGUAUUAUAAACAAUUGUUGUCAUCUUGAUUCUCUAAUGGUUAAGUACAUUUAUAUAUAUAUAUUAUGCACUUGUAUCGCGCACAAUAGAUGUAUAAUGAUCCGUCAUAUCUUUGAAAAUAUAUAUAUAUAUAUUAUAAGUGUACAGAAAAAAUUUUCUAGGGAAUUUUUGCAAUAUUAAUUCACACGCUUCAAUGUCUCCGACUUGACAUUGAAAUUUUCAAUUAAAUAAUAAGCAAUAAUAACUUAAGCAAAUCAUCUCGCGAAUUAAUUACAAAAUUUUCUUUACAAAAUAAUUUUUUUUAAAAAAUGCUCGUUUCGGCGAAUCGUUGUUUCGUAUAUAUAUAUAUAUUUGCCUAAUAAUUUUCGACUUAUUUCAAAUUAUAAGAGGAUUCACAUAAUAUAUAUAUAUAUAUAUAUAUAUAUAUAUAUAUAUAUAUGUGUAAAAAAAAUAAAAUACAUAUAUAUGUAAAAGACUCAGUCUAGUUGAAUAAAUUAGCAAUUGAAACGAAAAUUGAAUUCGUUCUAGAAUUCAAGACAAAGCGAAAGAAUUCUUUAAUAAAAGAUGAUAUGAUUCUUUUUUUUAAGAGAAUUUAAAAAAAUAAAUAAAAUGAAAAAAAAAAUCCACAAAUCUGCAGUAAAAAAAAAAAAAAAAAGAACACUACUGAAGCAUUGCAAAAAUCUCUAGGGCCAGUAUUUGUACCAAUCCUAUUUAUAUAUAAAGCACAUAUAUAUAUAGAUUAUUGUAUCUUAUUAAACUGCGAUCAAGCUCAAAUGCUGAGACACAAACAUUUUUUUUUGUGCUUUCCUAUACCUACAUUAAAAAUGAUCAUUCAAUAUGCAAUAUUCAUUAUUUCCUCUACACUCAGAGAAAUGGUAUAUUUGUCUCCGAGCCUACUAAUUCAUUUAUUUGUUGCAAAUAUAUUUCAUUUCAUUGAAAUAAAAAAAUUUAUUUGAGUCAAAGAAAAAUUUAUUUCUGACAAAUAAAAUUUUUAUUUACGCCAAAUAAAUUAGUUAGUAGUCUCUGAGAUAAAUAUACGUUUAUUUAACUCAAAUAUAUUUUAUUUGGUUCAAAUAAAUCAUUUCUCUGGAUGUAUAUUGAGGGAAAAAAGCACAUUUAGCAUUUUUCAUAUAUCUGUUCUUUACUGGGAAUAACAAUAGUAGUGGGUUAGAUGUGGAUACUGAAGUAUGCGGGAUAUUAUGUCUUUUAAAUAAUUAAGUAUAAGGUGACUAAAAAAAAAUAUUUCCUUCACAUCUGCUUUUAUUUAAUUUACACAUUGCUCUCAAAAAAUUUUUUCAACUGAUUUGUAAUACACAAAUUUUUCAAAAAAAAAAAAAAAAAAAAAAAAAACAUUACAAAAUUUAUUAUUGAUAAAUUAUUAAUAAAGCAGUAAAUGACUACUUAAUAAUAAAAAAAAAAAAAGUUACACCCAGAGUAAUUUUUUAUUUGAACUAAAUAUAAUAUAUUUGAGUUAAAUAAAUGUAUAUUUGUCUCGCCUAUUUAUUUGGCGUAAAUCAAAUUUUUUAUUUAAAUCAAAUAAAAAUUUAUUUCAAUCAAAUAAAUAUUUAUUAGCCUGUGAGACAAAUAUAUAAUUUCUCUAGGUGUAAUAAAUUAAUUAUUUAAAUAAUUAGUUAAUAAAGUAGCUAAUUAUAAGUAAUUAAUUAUAAUUUAUAAAUAUAUUUGAAAAAAAAUUAAAUAAAAGAGGAAAAUAAGUAAAGGAAAAUAUUUUUAAGUCACCCUUGUUAUUAUUACGAUACGAAAUAUUAGUUGUAAAUAGCGUUUACAGAUAGCCAAUCAAGUGCACGAAUCAACAAGAGAGAAAAAAAAUAAUUUCCCUUUUUUCUCUUCAAUUAAAGAAAAAAUGGAUUUUUUUUCUAAGUUUUUUUUUAUUCAAAUUUCUAUCUUGUUGGAUCGAACAGUUCGCUGGUUACCUAUUAUAAUUUUUUUUUUUCAUCAAUAAACAAAAGGGGCCAGUAAUUCUCUCGGAUCUCGCACGGAUUAACAGGCGCGUGAAUAAUAAAAAAAAAUAAAAAAUAAAAAAAAAUUCGAUUUGAAAAAUUGUAUUUUAUGAAAAGUGACAUUUUCCAUUUCAAAAUUAAUCUUUCCGUGAAAAAAAAAUAAAUAAAUUUCACGCGUCAUUACAUCUAAUUAUUCUUAAAUGUAUCGCGAAUAAUAUUCAAUAUUAUUAAUAUUGAAUUUUUAAAAAUUAAUAUAGAAAAAAACAUAAACAUAAAAAGAAAUUCUGCAUAGUUGACUAAUUUUAUGAAAUUAAUAAUUGCGUAAUUAUUUCUGAGUAAAACAAAUAAAAAUAUCAAUGAAAUAUUAAUAAAAUUUAAUUGAUAUAGAAAUGAAUUAUAUUUAAUUUCUUUUUUUUAUUAAUAAUAGAUACACCUAGAGAAAAGAUCUAUUUAUCUCAGAGGAAAAAGAAAUAAUUAUUUGUUUGAAAUCAAUUUUAUUUGAGCUAAAUAAAAUUUUAUUUGUGGUAAUUAAAAUUUUAUUUGUGUUAAAUAAAAUUAUAUUUGCCCUAAAUAAAUUUUUUUUCAGCACAAUUAAAAUGUUAUUUAGCACAAAUAAAUAUUUAUUUGUUUCAAAUCAAUUUUAUUUCUGCUAAAUAAAAUUUUAUUUGUGCUAAAUAAAAUUUUCUUUGUGCUGAAUGAAAUUUUAUUUCUGCUGAACAAAAUUUUAUUUGUGCUAAAUAAAAUUUUCUUUGUGCUGAAUAAAAUUUUCUUUGUGCUGAAUAAAAUUUGAUUUGUGCUAAAUAAAAUUUUAUUUGUACUGAAUAAAAUUUUCUUUGUGCUGAAUAAAAUUUUAUUUGUGCUAAAUAAAAAUUUCUUUCUGUUGAAUAAAAUUUUAUUUGCGCAAAAUAAUUUUUUUUUAUAUAUUAAACACAUAAAAAUUUAUUAGACUCUGAGACAAUUAAAAAUUUUUUUCUGCGGGUGUAUCUACUUAAUUAAUUAAAUAAAUUUCAAUAUUACUAAUAUUGAAUAAAUUGCGCUUCAACGAUAACAUACAUAUAGCGAUAAUAAUAUACUACGACUUAUUGUAUAAAUGAAGGCAUUAUUUUAGCUUUUUACGUUCAUUUAUUGUAAUAAGAAUUAUUGUUUAAAAAAAACUAUACUGAACACAUAUAUAGCCUAAUAAUAACGGCUAUAGGCAAAGGUCAGGUUCAUUGGCGGGUAGCAAUAAUAAUUUCCUAUAUAUCAUAGAUUCAUUUUCUUCUCAUCUUAAUAUUAUCAACUUAUUUGCGAAAGUUUAUAAAUAAUUUAUUUAUUGCGUGAGAAAAAAACGCCGUCUGUAUAUUUUUUUUUUUGGUGGGGCGAGAAAGAGAAAAAAAAAUAAUCGAGCGAGAGCAGAAAGCGGAGCGAAUAAAAAAAAAAGAGAGAAAAAUGAUAUAUUUAUUUUAAAAAAAAUAUGUCGCGCAUGUAUGUGGAUUUUUUCUAUGUUCUGUAAACGCAUAUAUAAAUAUUAAUGAAAGAAUGUCAAACGCGUAAUAUAUUGUAUAGUUCGAUGAACGACCUUCACAGAUUCGCAUUUUCAGAAUCAUAUAUUGUAUCAUAUUAUAGAAAAAUCAGAUGUACGUGCAUAUUAUGAGUAUCCGUCACUGCAUUAAAAUCGCUGAAAGCACAAUGCAUUAAAAUGCGCGUUUCUUUUAUGCCAAUCACAAUCAUAAUUGCGCGUAGACACAAUAUUACACCUUUUUUUCACCUUCGAUAAUUUUACUAUUAUCGAGAUAAUGGUUCAAUAUUUUAGAUGUUAUUAUCAUCCUCAUUAUUACUACUACCACCUCUCUCAAUGGUACUAUUAUGUUUAUUACAAUAUGUCGAUAAUUAUUAUUAUAUUAUUAUUACUAUUAUUAUAUUAUUAUUAUUUUAUUAUUAUUAUUAUUAUUAUAUUAUUAUUUUAUUAUUACUAUUAUUAUUAUUAUUGCUAUUAUUAUAUUAUUACUAUUAUUAUAAUAAUGAAUAUUAUUACUAAUGUAUUUGGCAGGGUUAUGAUAUUAAAAUUGAACGAAAAAAUGA